UGAUUUUCAAGGAUUCAGAAUUAUCACCUGAAGAUUCACUUGGGGCAGUCAGCAGAGUUUCUGGCUACAGCCUGUGAACCUUUCAGUACUGACAGGCACGCUCCAUUCCGGUACCCUAGUGCCUGAAAUCACUCCCUUGUCAUCAUUCAUUACCCGUCUCUCCCUACCCGUCUCUCCCUUGUUAUUAUUGUACUGUAGUUCGGGCGCCAUCAUGUCUCCGCAUUUGUCUGUUUCGCUGCGCGCAUCCCUCAGCGCCUCAUCCGGCGCUCCUUGCGCCUGCGCGCUCCAAAGCGUCAGCGCUCGUAGUGGCAUUCGCGCUCAAACGGUUCCUUCACUAACGCGUACAUGUCGACGUGCCGAUGCUAGCGUCUCGAGCGGCCUCAAGUCGAGAUCUCGCCGUGCUGGCGUCAGCUGCAGCGCGAACCAAUCGGAUGCGUCUCUGCCAGCUCAGGCCAGCGCGGAAGGCGCGGCGUUCAAGACUCUACAGUCGUCCUUCUCCUCCCUAGACCCGGACUUCUUCUCCGCUCUGCCUCGGAAUCUCCAAGUGGAUCUCAAGGACGCAGUGUUUGACCUCACCAAUGGGAAUGUUGCGGCAGAGUGCGGCCCAGCAGUGUCAGCGUCCCUCUCCGCCCUUGCCGCCGCCCUCACGGCUGCAGACGGCUCCCCUGCUGCCGCCGCUGCUGCUGCUGUGGCCAGGCUGGCGGAUGCUGCUGCGAAGCUUCCUCCUGCAGGGAGAGAAAGAGCAGUGCUGGGCAGGAGGCUAAGAGCGGCAGGCAGGAGGUUCACAGGCAUGGGGGGAUACGCGCAGGGGAAGGCUGCACAGCUGGGCAGGGCCAUGGCAGCAGCAGCGCAGGCGGUAUCAGUGGGAUGCGCUGACGACGGCGCCUCCAAUUUUGACCCUGUUAGACGACUGCAGCUCGGCCCCUUGACUGUGGACGUCACUCCAUCCAAGGCACUCACAGGAGCGGGAGUUGCAGCAGCGUUUGCCGUGGUGAGCUGGCAGCUGGCAGCAGGGCUGCAGGCAGUCAGCGAGGAUUCUCUAGCAUAUGCCAAUGACAAUGCGCUCACACUGGCGCUGUCCCUGCGGGGCGCCCUUCUCGCCCUGGGGUACGGGUCGUGCAUGAUCUCCGCCUUUGCUGUGGUUGGCCUGCUGGCACUGGCCAGGGAGCUGAGCUCCCAGCAAGGAGGGGAGGGAGGGAAGUGAGUGCUGAGGUGGCGUUCAACAUUGCUGUGGCGCUCGACAUUGCUGUGGCGCUGGCAAGAGAGCCAAGAGACCGCAACAGGGACAAGCAGAAGGGAAACGGAAGGCAGCCGAGUUUCAGCGUUGAGCUGAAGCAUCCAUCCAUACUGUGCGCUUGCUGAUGCAUGGGGGGGUUUUUCAGUCGACUCAAAUUCAGCAUCAAGCUGAAGCAUCCAUGCUGUGCACUUUCAAAUGCAUGGGGGGCAUUGCCAAGACAGCUAGUGUAAGAGAGCACAACAGGGGCGAGUGGAAGGGAAAUGAAGGGGGUGGAAGGGGGGGGGGGAGGGGGGGGUUCGUGAAGUACCGUAUCCAUACUGAGUGCUUUUAGGUACAUGGGGGCAAUGGCAAGGCAGCUGACAUUAUCAAGAGGGGAUUGGAAGUGAGCAAACCCUUGGUUUGUGGUGGUCCUUGGUCAAAAUUUCCAGGGUUAGUUUGUUUAUUGUGCAGUGUAUGCACCGUACACCCGGGCAGUUUUGCUGGCAAGGUGAUAGUGCCCAGAGCACGAAUGCUCCCCUGACAAGUCAAGUGGUGCCGUAUAUCUAUACGGGUAGCAUAUCCAGGCAUAAGAGCACAAUGGGAGGUACAUAUUGUCAGAAACUAGCUUAGCUAGGAAGCCAUAGAAUGGCACAAGGUUUAGCUAGGAGCUAGGAGGAGCCAUGAGAAUGGCGAGAGGUUUUAGGUGCUAGGAAAGUUGAGAAGAGAAAAGGGGUUGGAUUAGAAGAGAGGGGAGUACAAGGAGGGAAACUAGCUUAGCUAGGAAGCCAUAGAAUGGCACAAGGUUUAGCUAGGAGCUAGGAGGAGCCAUGAGAAUGGCGAGAGGUUUUAGGUGCUAGGAAAGUUGAGAAGAGAAAAGGGGUUGGAUUAGAAGAGAGGGGAGUACAAGGAGGGGUUUGUACCCCCUACAGAAAGGUUCAGUAACA